AAAAUGCUUUUGUUGGUGUACAUUCAUGUUUUAUUGGUAAAUACUGUGCUUCUACACAGAUUAAGCUUCUUCAAGAUUGCCUUUUGUUUGCCUGAUCAGCAUUAUGAACUAUCAUGUGAUUUCAAUGUGCAUAUGUUCUUUGUUUCAGCUGCUGGAAACAUUUCAUUUUCCUAGUAUUUGAAUGUAAGGAAUGGCUGUUAGCUCUAAGUACUGGGAUGACUGUGUGGACCCUGAGGGUUUGGAGGCCAUGUGGGCUGAUCCUGAUGUCCGAGCUGAAUUGCUUAACGUUGGAGAAGCCAUAGGAUCGAAGAUUAAUCUCUCACGUGAUCCUGAUGGCUGUAGCAGGAUUAUUGUCCGAAGGCGUUUUGUUUCCCAGAUUGAUUCGGACAUGCUUUGUGCUAUUGCCACUCUGGAAAGUGAUAGGCAGCCUCUGGCUACUCAAUAUAACAAGAAAUCAAAAGAGACUAUGCUCGGGAUCAUGCAAAUCUUGCCAAAAACUGCAGAAUGGUUGGCCAGAGAUUUGGGUUACAGAAACUAUGAAUUCUCAGAAAACCCGAAACAUUUAUACAAGCCUUUUGUCAAUGUAUAUUUUGGCGCUGCAUAUCUCAAGUGGAUAUCAACUUACGACCAAAAGAAACUUCAUAUCCAUCGUAUCUGUAUGAUUUGUACUAUUUACGGUGCAACACUUGAUAGAAUUGGCACUCCUCUGCCUACGGCUUCUUCAGCUACAACUCCUGCAGCAUCAACUGCGAAAGCUCCAGUUAAUACAACUUGGGACUCUAGGACUUCUAAAGAAGAUAUGAAAGAGCUGUGGAAUAAUGCUAGUGGGGGGGUUUCAGAAAUCAUUCUUGCUAAACACUUCAACGCUAAAACCUGUGUCUUCCACUCUAGGGCUUCAUCACUUCAUCAGUUCAUCCCAGUUCACAGCCCCUCCAAUUCCCCUCCAUUGUCUGGCCACUGUGAACGUCUUUCGUGA